AUGAGGGGGGGCGAGGAAUAUGAAGCUUCCACCUUUGGCGGAUUUGGAGACUAUAUGCGACGAAAAAAAAUUAAACUCCAGAAUCUAGAUGCGGAAAUCCGAGCCUCGGCUGGCGAUCGUCCGCCGAUAUUUCGCGGUAUCGUCGCGCACGUCAACGGCUACACACAACCCUCCCUCCAGGACCUCCACCGUUUGAUUGUCAGUCAUGGUGGUGGAUUCCUACAAUAUUUGGAUGGCAAGACAAUCGCGACGCACAUCAUCGCCAGUUCUUUAACUCCGAAGAAACGCGAAGAGUUCCGACGAUACCGUAUUGUGAAGCCCGCGUGGGUGACCGAAAGCGUGAAAGCUGGACGACUGCUUCCUUGGGAUGAAUUUCGAGUCGUAGAUGAAGGCCGGUCUCAGAAAGUGCUGAAACUCAAUGAUGGCCGCUUCACAAGUCAAACAAAUAGUCCACAGGUGGGCUACAAGGAGCAAUCAAGCACAAGUUGGUAUAAUUCCCAACUGAAAGCUAUGAGCGCGGAACUCGACACGCUAUCUAAUCCACCGCAGUCGGCUCCUUUACAAACUGCAGAGUCGACCGAGACCACUCAGUCAGACUAUGGCGACUUUCCUAGCUUUGACUCAGUGGAGGACCAAAAUGCAAUCACUACUCCUCAUCAAGCCAAGGAAAAUACGUCUUCCAACAUUCAGACGCCAAUUUCUAAUAUUACACCUCGAGAGCACAGUGACGUACCCGUGUCUCCUCACAACAAGUCGCAGACUUCGCCUUCAAACCAGGCCAUUGCUGUUAAUCCAAACAUGACCUCUGAAGAGUAUAACGCGCAAUUAUUGUCCGAUCCUCGAAUGAGAAAGUCAAGUGUCGUCAAUCCAGAAUUCCUGCAACAAUAUUAUCGAGAAUCGCGACUUCAUCAUUUAUCAACAUGGAAGGCCGAGUUGAAGGCUCAACUUCAAGCGGCAACCAAAGAAAAGGUCAAUUCUCGCAUGUCCCAAAAAAAGCCCGUGACUGGUGCCAGACGAUACAUCCUCCACGUGGACUUUGACUCCUUUUUUGCCGCUGUCUCGCUCCUCAAACAUCCCGAGCUUCGAGAUAAGCCCGUGGCUAUUGCCCAUGGUCCUGGCUCAGGUUCUGAAAUUGCAAGCUGCAAUUACGUGGCUCGUGGACGGGGGAUCAAGAAUGGGAUGUGGAUGAAAGGUGCGAUGCAAGCGUGUCCCGAACUCCAGGUGCUGCCCUAUGACUUCCCAGCCUACGAAGAUGCCAGUCGGAAAUUUUACAGCUCCGUUUUGUCUAUAGACGGAACUGUUCAGAGUGUGAGCAUCGACGAAGCCCUCAUCGAUGUCACUAACCAGUGUUUGGAAGCUGGCGGCUCAGACGGGAGAGGCAUAUCGGAGGGUUCCAUGUAUCGCGAACAAGCAAAAGCAGAGGAGAUAGCCCAGGCUUUGCGUGAUUCUGUCCAAGCGAAGACCGGGUGCGCAGUCUCUGUGGGCAUCGGCGGCAACAUCUUGCUAGCCAAAGUCGCACUGCGAAAGGCAAAGCCAGCUGGGCAAUUUCAGCUGAAACCAGAGGCUGUCCUGGAUUUUAUCGGAAAUCUCACGAUGCAAGAUCUUCCGGGUGUUGGCUAUAGUCUCAGCAACAAGCUUGAAGAGCUUGGGGUCAAGUUUGUAAAGGAUGCUCGAGAUGUCACGAAGGAAAAACUGAUCAGCAGUCUGGGACCGAAAACUGGAAUCAAGAUUUGGGAAUUCGCUCGUGGCAUUGAUAAGUCAGAAGUUGGCAACGAAGUGAUCAGGAAGUCCGUUUCGGCGGAAGUCAACUGGGGUAUUCGAUUCGUCAAUCAGAGCCAGGCGGAAGACUUUGUCAGAUCUCUUUGCGGAGAGUUGAACAAGAGACUCGUUGAGAACUUGGUCAAAGGUAGACAGCUCACACUCAAAGUCAUGCGACGCUCAAUGGAUGCGCCACUCGAGCCAGUGAAGCAUCUCGGCCAUGGAAAAUGCGAUGUAUAUAACAAAAGCGUUGUCCUCGGCGUGGCAACCAAUGCACCUGACACCCUGGGCAAAGAGGCCGUCUCGAUGUUAAGAAGCUUUAACAUUUCUCCGGGCGAUCUACGCGGCCUCGGAGUUCAAAUGACCAAACUUGAGCCACUCAAGGCCGGCCCUACAGCAACCCUUGAGAGUAGCCAACGUCAACUCAAUUUCCAACUGUCCCCAUCCCGCAAGCAAAUGCAGACUCCAUCUCGCAAGCCCCCUGUUAUAGAUGUUGAUCCUGAUGAGCUGGAAAGUCCGCACAAGGACUCAUCCACUCGAAUCCAAGUCGAUCCGAUCCUCAGCAACAGUGCUCACAAGCCUUUGAACAUAUCCGGGUCUCAAUUUAUAAUGCCAACCCAAGCCGACCCCAAGGUUAUUUCAGAACUCCCGAGUGAUAUCCGAUCAAGACUCGUCGCUCAAAAGUCUCGACAAGAUUCCCGUUCUGGGUCACCAUGCCCUCCUCCACGCCGAGUGCCAGAACCCACCACCAACGACCUCCCGCCUCACUCUCAAUUGGAUCCUGAAAUUCUAGCAGCUUUGCCACCAGAUCUGCGAAACGAAGUGUUGGGGUAUUACAAGCAGCCUGUGCCGUUUGAGCCACCAUCGCCUCCACCCCCAAUGGUGUCCGCCCCUUCUAUCUCUAAUCCAACACCUGCGGCAAGAUCUCUCGAAUUGAAAAGGCCAAUAUCACCGCUGAAAAAGAGGCGAGGUCGUCCGCCCAAGUCGGCAAGUGCCAGCAAUAAGACUUUAAAACAGACGGGCUUCGGUUUUGGCCGACCAGUGACCUCCGUCACGUCUGUUCAAGAUAUACCAUCUAGGCAUCAGUCUCCAGCCGUUGAGGAACAGCCCGAAGUCUCGGCGGAGUUCCUGGCCGCCUUACCAGAAGACAUUCGCCAAGAGGUCCUCGAAGAGCAGAAGCGUAAUCGCAUGCUCCAACGCUCCCAUGCCGCCGCUGCAACCAAUUCUCGGCCAACAUCCCAGCACCGGAGUACACCUGAGCCUGUCCCGGUCGAGAAACGACUUCCUCUUCCUCCUCGCCCCGAGCGACCCGUUUUUACUUCAAAGCGCCUGUCCACUCUCCCAGACCUUCGUGACGCCGUCGGUGCUUGGUAUUCUGCAUUUGCAAGUGAUGGUCCAUAUUUCGAGGAUACCGAGGUUCUGUGUACCUACCUGCGACGUGUCGUUGCCGAAGAGAAGGAUAUUGACAAGGCCGUCUCUGUGGUGCGCUGGUUAAUGUGGCUUGUCGAUGAAGACAAGGGCUCACAGGAUUCUGCAGAGAAUCAAAUUCCCCGAUCUGGACAGGGCGUUGUGACUUGGGCCGAUGCAAUUGAUACUAUGCAAAGGAGUAUACAGCGUGCUUUGGAUAGAAGGGGAUUGCCGCCAGUGGAUUUCGAAAUAGGGUAA